AUGGACGGUACGUUGAUACCAGCUGUCGUCCCAGCUGAGUUGCGCGAGGCAUAUCGAAAUAGGUUGGGUAGAGUUGCCCAAAAUGUCUUGGCAAUAGCUGAUUUCGAUAUGAAGUUUAUAUUUGUUUACACUGGAUGGGAGAAAUAUGCGCAUGAUGCACAUGUGUUCCACCAUGCUGCCAGUGAUCUAGAAGCCCUUUGUGCUUUGAAAAUAAAUGGACUCUCAGUUCGUAAUAUUGUAGAACGAACAUUUAGUGUUAUAAAAGAACGAUUCACCAUUCUCUCCAACAUGCCUCCAUAUUCAGUUGGGAGGCAAGGACUUAUUAUUACAGCGUGUUGUGCACUGCACAACUAUAUUAGAACGGUCACCCCCGAUGACUGGAUAUUUCAGACGUGGAGUACGAUGCAUCUACCUGUUAUUGAGCUUGCGGUUGGUGACAGGGCAUCCUCAUCUGGUCAUGUAGACUUGUCAACUGAAGCCCAAAACAAUAUGAGUGCGAUUAGAGAUGAGAUUGCCAUUUCUAUGUGGAAAGCAAGGGGAGGCCAUUGA